AUGAGCCACUCAAGAGGUUUUUCCAGGACCAUCCAGUCUAAGGUCAUGCUGAAACACCUCAUUCUGGCUGGGGGAGCUUUUUCCAGUCUCCGCCCACAUGUGCUGCACCAUAUACCGAAUCAAGGCGACCCAGUUCUGCAGAGCACAGAGAGCAGACGUGUGAAAAGCAGAAAACCUACAGCUAAAUCCAAACACAGAAUCAUGGAUGUCUCACAUGAGGUCGACUACUACUAUCACGAAAACACCAGCUUCAACUACAGCUAUGAGGAUUACCCCGCCUUGUGCGAGAAGGGCGAUAUCCGGUCCUUCGCAGCCUUCUUCCUCCCCAUCGUGUACAGUGUGUGUUUAGUUGCGGGACUGACGGGAAACAUUCUGGUCCUGGCCGUCUACGCCUACCACAAACGGCUGAAGACCAUGACGGACUCUUUCCUGAGCCACUUGGCUGUGGCCGACUUGCUGCUACUCUUCACGCUGCCUUUCUGGGCCGCUGACGCCGCCAGGGGCUGGGAGUUGGGGGACGCCGUCUGUAGGAUUGUGUCAGCCUGCUACACGUUGAACUUCACGUGCUGCAUGCUGCUGUUGGCCUGCAUCAGCCUGGACCGCUACCUGGCGGUUCUCAGAGUGCAGGGUGGACAUGACAGAGGCAGGCUGCAGCAGAUUUUCAACAGGAGGCAUUGCUGGAAGUGGUGCUCAGCUGUCUGGGGAACGGCCUUCCUGCUCGGUCUGCCUGAUUUAAUCUUCUCGAAAGUGGUGUGGACAUCCAAUAGGAAUAUCUGCGUAGCCAUCUACCCUUCAUCUAUGGCUCGAAGUGGUAAAGCUGUGCUGGAGGUGGCCGAGGUGUUGCUGGGAUUCCUUCUUCCUCUCCUGGUCAUGGUGAUCUGCUACUGGUCUGUCGGCCGAGCGCUGAGAAACCUUCCCAUCGAGAGCCGAGGCAAGAAGUGGAGAGCCCUGCGUGUUCUCCUAAUAGUAGUGGGGGUAUUUGUUGUCACUCAGCUGCCAUACAAUGUGCUAAAACUGCACCGUGCCGUAGAUUCAGUGUACAUUUUUGUAACCCAUUGCCAGACAAGCAAGGUACUGGAUCAGGCAACCCAGGUGGCAGAAAGCCUGGCUCUCAUUCACUGCUGCAUCAACCCAUUGCUUUACGCCUUCAUGGGGUCCUCCUUCAGGCAGCAUAUGGCGAAAGUCGCUAAGAAGUUUGGACAAAAGAGAAGGAAGAGGAGCCGGAUGACACAAGAGACUCCAGCAGAUGGUGAAGAGAUGGAUAUGUCGUUUAACUCUCAUAGUGCAACCCAAGAGACAAACUCAUUUUCAGUUUGAGUGAAUCCAAUGGUUCUCCAGCUGUGGUUCAAGAGCCAUUCAUUGUCUUUAGGUGUCAGCCUAAAGGCUGACACCUAAACCACAGCCAAGAAGGAGUACUUCGUUAGGCACAAUUGGACAAAAAGUAACUUCUUAAGAGAAGUCAAAAGAGAACAUUUGAGAAUUCAAAUAUUGAACUGAAGUGGAAAACGGUGAGCAAAGAGCAAGUAGUGGCUACUUGUUUUGAAACAGUCAAAACAACAAAGAUUGUUGUUGUUUUGAGGGAUAUGAUGGCACUGUGGUCUUUUUGUACAUGAAUGUCAGACCUUUUGAGGUUCCAAUUAGAGAAACAACAAUAAAACACUUACUAACAGACACAAAUAAAAACACUCUCAAAUGAGUUGGGACUUUAUUCUCAGCUCUAAAAUCUGAGCCGAGAUUAAAUUAUGCUGUUCAAAUCAAACACCAUAAUUUUUGUGCUCAGCGACAAGCUAACCACUAAUAGCAACCUCAGUGUAUAACUUCACAAUUUAUGUAUUCGAUAACUACAUGACAGUGUUUACUGACCGAAGUACUUCUAUAAUCUCUGUGUGGAAUAAAUAUGAAAGGCAAACUGCCAGAAGUACAAAUAAAUAAUUUUAUAUUGCAUGUAUGAGCUUAUUUUCAAUGCAGUGGAGUUAUGUUGGAUUUUUGAAUUGAUAGUGGUGAGAAACUUACUUUCUCACUGGGAGCCCUUACUUAAAAGAAACUACGUGUUUAUUUUUGUAACUUAGAUUGGGAAUGUUUUCCCCUCUCAGUUUUUUUGUAAAAUAAAUAAUAAGCUAAGAAAAAAAAAUCAAAAUCUUGUUUUGUUAUUGUUUUGGUACCAGUGGUGGGAAAGUUUAGGUGAUCUUAAGGUUUUUUUUAUGUCCUUCUUAUUGAAACACAGUGUUUUAUUACUAAAACCAUAAAAACAAAAUCAAAGCAAAUAGUUGGGUUCUUGCUAAAAUACCUUUUAAUUGUUUUCUUUCUCUGGUAGAGCUUGUGUCAAUUUAGACAUCUAUGAGAAAGACUGGUUCUCCAUUAUGCUGCAUUAUUUAUCAGAUCACAGUAAUACCAAUAGCAUGCUAACCUGCUAAGCAUGAAGGGAUAGUUAUAUUCAAAUCAUAGCACGUUUUGAUUUGAGUCUAAAGUAAUGGACAAACCAUAAUUCUUAAUCUGCAUAGCCUUUGUUUUCCUGUCUUUGCUGAAACACCAUUUAAUGAACUGAUGCCAUUACAUUUACAUGGUAUUAGUCAAGAGAUAUUUCUCCAGACAUUCACUGGAAACAUUUGCUUCCCACUCAACCCACACAGUUUAAAGUAUGCACAAGGUGAAAUUUUUCUACUUCAGAUUCUCUAACAAGAACAGGCUGUUUUUUUUAGAAGAGGGUUACAUUCUGGUAAUUAACUGCUCAUUUUAAUUAUAAUCAGCAUGAGUAAAUACACCAGGUCUCCUUGAUGGUGCACACAUGUACUCCUGUUAGCCAGACACACAUGCAUGCACCUCUCAAUCUGAGUACAGCUUAUUUGUCUUCCUGGGUUGCUGUUGUUGAAAUAUUUUCUGAGGUUGUUUCAGUUUUUAAUUUGAUAUUUGAUGCUGCAGCAAGUGAAAAAAGAAAUCCUUCAUAGAGGUUUGACAUCCUGAGGUAUUUCUAUGUCUUACGGAAAAACCUCGUCUGUCAUUUCCUGGACUGUUUGAACAUCUGAAGAAGAGAUUUCUACACACGCCUUGAAAUUCCUUCUCAGCUUACAACAACACAACUGAAAACACUUCCAGUAACGUUGCAGGAGUUGAUAACAAAUGUUUUCGAGCAGAGCUUUGGGAGUAGAAGCAUGCAGUUAAACAAGCUUUCUGUGUGUUUAACAUUAGAGGAAUAAAGUUUAAAUAUUUACUAUGCAGCUUAUCAUCCAAAAGCCACAGCUAUCUGCUGCAAUCUGUUGUUUUACAUUUGAGUUUGUUUGAUCACAACAUCUCUUCAUAUAAACAUCAUUUAUACAAACACAGGCCAUUUACCCCUAAAUGAUUAGAUUAGUAGGAAAGUGUUUUUUUUCCGAGCUGGAUACCAUCUGAUUUGGGUCAAAUGAUGGGCUACGCUUCAGAAGGUUGUUUGUGGAAACCAUCUUCCUGAAGCGAAACAGGCCCAUUUUUGGGUUCAAAAUGAAACAAUGUAAUGAACACAGUUAUACAUCAAAGCAGUUGUUUCAUAACAUUUUCUAUGUCAAAAACAAGUCUGUAAUGACAAAAGAAUCAUUUUCCUAUGCCUGACAUUUUUUCUGCUUACAAUAUUGCAGUGCUGUUGAGAAGAUACUGUGUAUUUUUAGGCCCAUUUUAUUUUAUUUUUUCCAUUUAUUCAAUAUGAAUACCCUGUGAUGCUCAGAAAAGAAUAACUAUCAAAAUUCUGACUGAAACAAAGGGUUAUUACCUUUAUGAAGACUUAAGACCUACAACUCUGUGCUCAUGUUUACUUCAUUAGCAAGCAUUUAGAUGGUUUUCCU